AUGGCUGAGAAGCCGGGGAGCACCGGGGGAGCACCGCCGCCCGCCUGGUCCUUGCCCGGUCCCCGCGGCCGCUCUCAAAGCGACAUCUCCUCCUUCUCCUCCUCCCGGAGAACCUGCCUGCUGCGGUCCACCGUGGGCGGCUCAGUUGAUGGUUUGGAUAAGGCUUCAAUCGCUAACUCGGAUGGACCAGCCCCAGGAUCCCAAACUCCCCCCUUCAAGAGGAAGGGCAAACUCUCCACCAUUGGCAAAAUCUUUAAACCUUGGAAAUGGCGGAAGAAGAAGACUAGUGACAAAUUCAGAGAAACGUCAGCAGUGUUGGAAAGGAAGAUUUCGACAAGACAAAGCAGAGAGGAGCUGAUAAGAAGGGGAGUGCUGAAGGAAAUGCCCGAGCAAGAUGGUGAUGUAACAGUAAAUUUUGAAACUUCAAAUGGACACACCAUAGCCAUUGGUGAAGAAACCAUACAGGAAGAAAGUGUGGUAAAAGCCAGUGGAGAUAAUGGUACUUUAUCAGAGAAAGCAUCAGCAUUGGAAGGAAAAAAAGAAGAUCAAAAAGAGAGCACUACUGAUCACUGCCCAGAAAUACCGGCAUCCCAUGCUCCACCACUACCCAAGCCUAAGCCUAAAUCUAAAAAAGCUCCGCUACCACCAAAAAAUGCUAUUGCUGCUUCCACCACCACCAGCCAUAAGAGUAAUGAAGCACCUCAUGCUAAAAAAAAGGGAAAGGCUCCUGCUAAGCAGCCUCCUCUCCCACCACCCAAGCCAACAAGUCACAGUGCAAAUCGAGAAGCUGCCAGUUCCUCUCAUGCAAAAAAACCACCAGUCUCCAAGUCCUCUUCAUCACCAUCUCCUUCGUCCAUAUCAUCUCAUCCCAAAGCCUCUAAGGAGACUUCCAGCAAAUCGGGCACAUCAGGGACUCCCAGGGGCAAGAAAAAACCUGGGAAACAGUCAGCCCCACGAACAGCGCCGGAUGGGGCUGCUUCUUCCCCCUCAGGUGCCACAGCCAACAGGUUGGAAGCGAAGGCAGAAAAACCCGAGCCUGAGCAACCUUCCAUAGUAAUUUCUGAAACGGAGGACACAGACCAACCGAGCAAGCUCGUUGUCCCCCCUCCUCCCAGCGCUGCCCCUCCUCCACCUCCACUUCCACCUCCUUUUCCUGCUGCAGCUGGUCAGCCCGCUGUCUCCUCAGAUGCCCAAGAUGUGUCAGACAGCUGCGUGGCAGGGCUAGCUGUCCCUGGAUCAGAUACUAAACCUGUUCUCCAGACUGAUGAUGGCACAGACGAGAGCCUGAGCAGUAUGGCCCUAGACAGUGGUCCAGAUGCUAGUGGAGAAGACACAAAAAGCUUGGCUACCAAAGAAGACCAAGAAGCAGAGGCAGCUGACCAGGCACACUCUGAACCAGUGGAGGAGGCUUCUGACACUGCUGCCCCUCCUGAGAGUGAAAGUAGCAGAGAGAGCCACAGCAGCGACUCGGACUCUGACGGACCGAUACUGUACACAGAUGAUGACGAUGAUGAUGAUGAUGAUAAUGCAAGUGCUGAAAGCUCUUUGGCAAGUAAAAUCCGUCGCAGGGAUACUCUUGCUAUCAAACUUGGCAACAGACCAUCUAAGAAAGAAUUAGAAGACAAAAACAUCUUGCAGCGUACAUCUGAAGAGGAGAGGCAGGAAAUCAGACAUCAGAUUGGAACGAAGCUAGUGAGGAGACUUAGCCAGAGGCCUACAACUGAAGAGCUAGAGCAAAGAAAUAUCCUAAAGCAGAAGAAUGAAGAAGAGGAACAGGAAGCCAAAAGAGAAAUAAAACGUAGACUCAGUAGAAAGCUCAGCCUGAGGCCUACAGUGGCUGAACUUCAAGCAAGAAGAAUCCUUCGAUUUAACGAGUACGUGGAGGUCACGGAUUCUCCGGAUUACGACCGUCGUGCUGACAAGCCUUGGGCCAGGCUGACUCCCGCAGACAAGGCAGCAAUACGGAAAGAACUGAACGAAUUUAAAAGCACAGAAAUGGAAGUACAUGAGGAAAGUCGGCAAUUUACCAGGUUUCAUCGUCCAUAACUGUUUGACCACAUCGCAUAUUUCAUGUAACAAUUUUCUUUGGGGAAAUCAUUGCGUCCUGAAGACCUGAGAUUGCACUGAAACUUGACUGAGUGCGAAUGUGUGCUACAGCUUACCCUGAGUUUAAUGAAGGAUGUGGCCCUCGUCUUUACCAACGGACAAACGAUUUGUCUAGGAGAACCCACAUGAAGUGUUUGUCAGUGUUGAGACAAACCACGGUUCUGUGGCUAGCCCACACAGAUUAAUCGGUGGACUUUUUCGGAGCUCCACAAGUCAGGAAGUGCUGAAGACAAUCGCUUGAGAACCUGCUACCAGGAACUCCUCAGAUGUCAUAGGGUUGUGACUGAGGGUAACUGAGAGGGGGGAGUGUGAAAAGGACUGAGAGCAUGGGGGAAGACAGACUUUGCUUAUUGGUCCACAGAGAAAAGUGGAACAGAUGGGACUGCUUAACAAUGCACUUGGCUAGUGGAAGGAAUUAUUUUUUUUUAAAAAAAAGAGAGUGUGAGCAACUGUGCAUGUAUUUUUUUUAGUGGCCGCAGCCUGUCUUAGAAAGACAGCAAGCCACAAGUUCUCAUGUCAUAGUCAAGAACUGUAAUUUUCUCUGGUGCCAGUAAAUACAGUUGCCAGAAAUUAGUCCUAGUAUAACUCAGCUGUCUUUUUUAAAAUCCCGAUGAGCAUGCUUCAAGAAAAUACAUUGAACAUUCAUACAGAACAAGUCAUAUAUAUUUUUUUUUAAUGUUAACAUACUCUGGAUCCUCAGAAAUACAUAAACAGGAUUUGAAGGACAAAUAACAUGUGACCCAGGAAUGCAAUGAAAUGCUUCAUGUUUAGAAACACUCCUUGCUGUGUGUCGCUUACCAUUCAAAGCACAGGGAUCAUUAUCUUUCUCACCUAUGGCAGGCAGUGGUGACAAUUUUGACAUCGUGCUAGUGUGAAUCCAAAAUCAGAAUUGGAAUUGGGCACAGAAGUCUUUACUAGUAGGCUUGAGCAGUGAUUACUAAUGUGACUUCUCAUGUUAAGUACUCUUGCACGGCUUUGAGGAAGGACUCCCAGGUGAAUCAGUAUGUCUUCAGCCAGGGGUCUUGUAAAAGCAAACAAAAAAUCCUUAGAGCGCCUGCAGCCUGUUUUUGUUGAGUGUGAAGAAUGCUUCUUAGAGUCAUAAUUUUUUAUACUAUCUUGAAAUUCUAUAUGUGAAUACAGUACUAUUAAAAUUAAGUGGUAUGGAGUGUGAAAGGCAAUACAUGGUUUUUCUAAGUUGGCCCAAAGGCCUAUUAAAAAGCCUGUGGCAUUGUUUACACUAAGAAAUUCUCUGUCUUAUAUUAGCACUUAUUUAUCCUUUGAAUUAAUGUACACAACAUUUUGGGGGGUCUGGAAUUCACAUAUGCAUACAUUUAAUGCAGUAUUACAAUAUAUUUACUAUUUAUCCUUUCUAAUGUGUGUAUAUAUUACAAUUUAUUUUCGUCUUUUAUGUGCCCUGUUUAGUUUUUAAUUAUGAAGUGUAAGUAUUUCUUUUUCAGGCAAUAAAAGGUCUAUGUAAAUGUGAUUUUUACCUCAGAACCUGCAAUAGAUUCUUGUGGAAUGUUUUUAGUUUACAAAAUUGAAGGUGGUUGUUUUAGAUGUCAGCCUAAAGGCAGGAAGGCAAUUUGGUGGCUAAAAUUAGAUCUCCCUCUAUACUGAUAUUUACAACAAGACCAGGUUUGCAUAAAUGGAGUGGAUUAUUUUAGUAAAGAGCAAUUCUAGUAACAGGAGAGUGCUUUCCAACAGCUGGCACUCUAUUAUUUUUAAAGAGGUUGACAAACCUUUUUUUAAAAAGAUAGAUUUAUAUGACUUAGGAACACUUACAUUUUAGUAAAAACCCAAUGACGUACGGAACCCAAAAUAUCAAUAACCAAAUAAAAUAACCAUCUACACGCUUGUAGCAAAGAAAAGGAAGCAGCACCUUUCUUUUUUAAUGGAAUCAAUAAGAGGCAUUAGGAUUCCAUUUGCAGAAAACAGUUUAGCUUCUGUGAGACCCAUCAUUUUAUAAAUAUAGAAACACCACUUUGACAUCAAGGAAGCAGUGAAAAUGUAUUCUUUGGCACUAAAGCAUGCAGGAAUGAUCAGGCCAUUAGAGAUAAGGUUGGUCAGCAAUUCUGGUAGAAUUCUAAUUUUUAUUUUUAGAAUUUUAGAGUAAACUUAAAAACUUACACUGGCACUUCAUAAAUACUUCUCCUGCUUAAACUUUUUGUUGUUGUUGUUGCCAAGUUUAGAAAUGUGUAUCCAAAAUCCUAUAAAGGCUUACUAUGUUGACUUUGAAGGAUAAAACACAGUAUUUCACUUCAAAGGAAACAAGUGGAGCAAUUAAAUAGACCUCAGUGUUGCCUUAAUCACUUUCAAACAUUUGAAAGCAGCCAAGAUACUAAAGGCAGAAAGAUAGCUGUUGCACAGGCAGAAUAACUUGGACAAAGGUAAAGUCAGACUAUAUAAACUUUAUAUAAGACAGUAGUUCCACUGACGUGCCAGGAUACGUGCGGGUUACACAAGCGAACUAAAACUUGUUAAACUCAUAGGAUGAAGUGAAUGAAUUGACUUCGCAAGAAGACAUUCCUCUAUACUAGGCCUGGAGCAUGGAUGGCAAGACAUGCGGCACCUUCUCGUUUAAAAAUUAAAACACAAAGAUGAGGAUACAACUUCUGGCUCAGACUUCUUCAAGCUGCGUUUUGACAUAAGACAUGAGGAUACGUAUGUGAGGUAUCACUUAGGCUUUCCCUAUCCUCCUUCUGGGUUUGGGUUUGAGGGUUUUUUAAAGCAUUCACUACAAGCCAUUGCUAGAGGCAGAAUACUAGCCUGGGUAGAGAUGCUGAGCUAAUCUUUAAUUUGUUAUGUAAUUUCUUAUUAUUUUGAUGAUGAAUAAUCAGAUGCAUUCUUUGGCCCACAAUUCAGCAAACUACUUAAGCAAAUUUAUGUAACUGGACAAAAAGAGUUGCCUAUAUUGGGACUUAUGUAAAAAUGCAGUAUACUUGCAGAAUUAGAACUAUAAACUAUCCGUUGUGUAUUGUACCCACACAGACUUAGAAUUGUAUAUACUAUUUUUAUAUUCUAAAUAUCAACUGGUAGAAAACUGACAGCUGUAAAGUGUUAUCCAUGCAAUAAAAAAUAACAAGAUUUUGGUAUGUCACUGUGUGCAGAGAAGCAAGUUUGCUUUACCUUAUUGAGCUGCCUGAAGUCAGUUUCUGCUAUAUAUCCCAGUCAUCUGUAUUGAUGAUUUCAAAUGUCUUCAAGCUGCUACAACAGCCCAUUGGAAACAAUACGUCAUGUACCUAACUCUCUGUGGUGCUGCAUGCCUGUGAGAAGGGAAAAAUCAGGGUAAGUCCUGAGAAACUCCUGAGUGAGUAAUCCUUGAGGAAAAAAAUAAAAAGAUUAAGAAAAGGCAAAGAAAAAAAUAACACUUUCCAUGCAACACAUAGUACAGUCCAGCUGGCUAAAUGGGAUCAAUGUGUUAAUUUUGAUCAAGUUGGACAAAUCAUUUAAAUGUCAGCCACAACAUACAACAAACUUUACACACAUACCUAUGUUGCACAGAGUCGGGUAUGAACUCAGAUGUUUACAUCCACAGAAAAAAAAAAAUAAGUAGACUGAAGUAUUGGUUUCUGAAAUGACCUUAUAUAUCACAUUUAUCAGUAGGAUCAUGCAUCACAGUAUGUUGCUGUGGGUGCAGAAGAAUGGAUGCUUAAUCAAAUCCUAAUUUCUUCUUCACGUAACAAAUUGAAAUGGUUCUAGAAUGUCUCUCAUCUCUCUCUUCUUUCAGGUAAUACAUAUUAGUCCUUAUAACUGAAAUUUGUUGUUUCAAAUGAAAAAUAGUCUGUCUGAAUUUCCUCUAAUUGUGACAUAUGUGUUGACUCAACAAGUACCAAAAAAAAAUUAUUUAAGCUAAAUGCUAACAAUUAUUUAAGCUAAAUACCAUUUCGAUCAGUGAUUUGAAACAAGGUAGGACCAGGAGCAGUGUCUCUUCAAAAUCACUGAAAGUAUUCACAGCCAUUUGUAGGUCUACAAGAUUGUAUUUAUUUGUUAGGUUUAGCGUUUACCUACAGUUGUGCAUGUCCCUUUCUCUGGUGGACUUCACCGACCUCUGAUGUGCUGAGGCACAGGGCUACAGUUGUGCAUGUCCCUUUCUGUGGUGGACUUCACCGACCUCUGAUGUGCUGGGGCACAGGGCAGCCCCACCUUCUGCUUUGGCCACACUGAGCAGCUCUAAGAGAAGCACCACAACCUCAGUGUUGACAUGUAAAACCAUAUCAGAUGACCUUUUUUUUUUACUUUUUUUCCUUGAAAACCAAAUGAAAGCUGUGAAACAAAGGGAGGAAAAUGUCGCUGAUUAUUACAGAAAUUAGACCACUCCUUCCAGGUGAGAUUAGUGCUUUGUUUCCAGUGGAGAUGCUUCAAACCCAGAUCUUGUGACUAGUAAUACUACAGCUAUGUCAGAGAACUUGUUUCAAAAUAGCUGUCACUUAACCUGAUGAUAAAUAUGGUAUAAGCCACAAUUUCCUAUCAUCAUACAAUGGAAGGAAGAUCCAGCUAGCACAGAUUAAAAAGGUGGAUCUAGUCUGGCAGCCUGGGAAUCAACCGAAACCCCCUCAUCGGCUGCAGCUGGCAGUGGGUUGGAGGCAGGGUAGGGAGGGUCAACCCUGUCACCUGUGUACCUGGGAGACUGUACCAGUAGGACAGGUCUGGCUGAGUACCGUUGGCAUCCUAAGUAGAGACUAGAAUAUGAGCCCAUGUCUUAAUGUCUGUUAACGCUUUAAUGAUAAAGUAAACCAAGCUAAAAGCCUACAUUUGCAUUAAAUUGUCAGGUAUAUCAGAAUUGCAUCUUUUAACACUUUCACGACAUCUGUUUUUAUUCGUAUCUCAAGGAGUUAAGAACUGUGCCACUGCUGUAAACUAAAACAAAGACAUACUCAGGGUGAAAAGCAGAAUAAAUUUGCCUUCUGCUUUUAGGAGCUCCCACAUUUAGCUCCAUUAUUGUCACUAUCUUUAUUCUUAUUGUACAAAGCUCAGUGCAAUGCUCACUGUUGGGACCUAGCUUUUGAUGAACAACAAAAAAAAAAAGCAAUUCUAAAAUUUUAUAUUAGCUUGAUAUUAAAAUAUUUUGAGGAUCAAAUAAAAAGCAAAUUCCCCAGAAUAACUUAAAGCUUCUAUUUAACAGACAGCUGGAAAAAAUAAAAUUAUGGAAGUGUAGCUAUAUAGAGAAAGGGAGAGAUGAAGUAAAAAAUAACAUAUUUCACUGUAAUGUUUUGACAGGUUUCUAUUUAUUAACUUUCAUGAUUAAUAAGAUCUGGUUUCACUUUGUCAGUGUUCCCAUCUUGUUUUAGGAUUUUAGUGGAAAUAGAGCUCAUAUGAACUAGAUGCAGCAUUUCACCAAUAUUUCAUUAUUUUCUGGAAGCUAAAUAUUGCAUUGGAUAAGAACAAAGAAAGUAAUGGCAUUCUCUGUAUCUCCUUGUUCAAUCAUUCUUUAUAUAAAAAAGUCUUGCAAUACUAUGUCAAAUUUAGCCACAUUUGAACAUUGUUAUAAUAUAGUAAGAUGUUGCUGAACAUAUCUCCUCUUCCUUUCACUACUUUGUGUGGUGGUAUAUUGAUUUGUAAACUUGUAUAAAUUUUGGAAUUAAAGAAAUCCUGUGUUUUGGACAAUUAUUUUACCUGGUGUGAUUUGAAACAAAAGGAUAUCAAUGGCUUG